CAGCAGGAAGUUUACCCUACUUAGUUUUAGUUGAAAUCUUUUCAGAGAUCGAAGAAAAUUCACCAAACAGAUAUCAAACACUUUUCUCAUGUUCCCUAGUAAACCGUUAUUGGUGUCGUCAUGCACUUCCAUUCCUCUGGCGUCGUCCAUUCAACUGUCGUCCGGAAAACUAUGCAAAACUGAUUUCAAUCUACUUACAGUUUAUCGAUCCCGACGACUUGACUCUUCUCGAUCUUGACAUUACCCUUCCUUCUUCGUCACCUUCCUCACUUUUACUUCAUUACCCAACGUUCAUAAAACACAUCGACUUUUGUCAUUUUUUUGAUGCGGUACAGAGGUGGAUGACCACCGAUGCCGACUUCAAGAAAGGAAAAAACAGGUGGAACUGGAAACCACAGUGGUUUCAUCGUGAGAUCCCGAUCAGUCAAGAAGUUUUCUCGAUCAUUAAACGUGGAUUUGUUGAUGCGCUGUUGUUAAGUUUCAUCAAGAGUGGUGCGAGAGUGAACAGCAUCGCGUUUUCGCCGCAGAAUAACGAGAUGUGUUUGGACGAGGUUUUGUGGCCGUUUGAGGAGAAUGUGAAUGAGCUGGUGGGAAAUGUGAAUUCAGUGUCGAUUUCGGGAAUGUUUCAAAAAGAACAAGUCUUUGAAGAAUUGGCGAAAGUUUGUAACAAUGUGCAAAAUAUGGAAGUAACAAUUGAAGGAAACGCCGAUAAUUACGGCGCUCAACUUCCUACUGAAUACAUACAACUUGGAAACCUCAUUCAAUCACAAAAAAAUCUAAUCUCACUCGAUUUAACACUUCGAGAAAAAAAUCGAGAAUUCAUCGAUCUUCUCUUGCCCUCGAUUUGGUGCACUGCCUCCACAUUAAAACAUCUUCGUUUAUGUACCGCCGAUUUCCGUAAUGUCAGGCAACCAUUAUUCGGAUUGGCCACGUGUAAUAAACUAGAGUCGUUGGAAUUUCGUUAUUGUAAGGGGCUAACGAACGAUUUCGUUGCGCCGUUUGUUGGGAAUGGAGCAUUGAAAAAGUUGGAAAAAGUUCGAGUGUUGGGCAGUUGUUGCUCGAUUUUGGCGAGUUGGAGUGAGGAAAAGUGUCGUGUUGCUGGUGGCAUUAUGCGUUGA